CCUCAGGGCCUCCAGCAAGCUCCCUCCUGUGCUCAAGGCUCCAAGCACUCUUUGGUCCAGAGCCAUGGCCCCUCCCACUCGCCAGCUCCUCAAUGCUGUACUGGUCCUGCUCCUCCUGCUGGCCACCAACCAUCAGGGUACAGGGGUUGUGGCCAGUGAGCUGCGCUGUCAAUGCCUGACGACCCUACCAAGGGUUGACUUCAAGAACAUCCAGAGCUUGACGGUGACCCCUCCAGGACCCCACUGCGCCCAGACAGAAGUCAUAGCCACUCUUAAGGAUGGUCAUGAAGUUUGUCUCAACCCUGAAGCCCCCUUGGUUCAGAGGAUCGUCCAAAAGAUACUGAACAAAGGCAAGGCUAACUGACCUGGAAAGGAAGAACGUGGGCUCCUGUACCUCAACGGGCAGAAUCAAAGAGAAAAGAAACAAACUGCACCCAGGAAGCCUGGAUCGUACCUGAUGUGCCUCGCUGUCUGAGAGUUUAUCUAUUUAUUUAUAUAUGUAUUUAUUUAUUUAUUUUCAGUGCCUAGAUGUUGUUACGUUUACUAUGAUAUUUAAAGAUAUGCGUUUGUCAGCUCACUGUAGUAUCUUAAGAGGUCAUUUUAAUAUGUUGAAGUUUAUUGUAAUAAUGUUCAAUGUGUUCAGUCAGUGGUAUUUUACUUAUGUAGUUGGAAGGUGAUGCGUUUUUAAAUAUAUAUUUAUUACUUUCUGGGGGGAGGGGGAGUUGGGUACUAACUACACCACCUCCACACUGUGAUAGAGAUUGGGGAUGAGGGGGUGGGGGGGCAAACAGACGCAGUCAGAUGGCUUUCAAGGCAGGACUGUGCCUGUCCACGUCAUUUUCUGUAAGCCCCGAGAAGGGUGGGACGACUGUUAUUUCUGUCUCCGUGUUUCUACACUAUGUGUACAGCAUUUCUGAAGCUGAAUGUUCAAGAAUCGUAAUGUGAAUAUCCCCUGGACAUUCUAGGUCUUCUCUGUAAGGCACAGUGCCUCGUUUAGCAAUUGUUUUGUCAUGCUUUCUCAUGUCUUGAAGUGGGGACAUUUAUUUAUUCAUGUACUUUUACAAAUAACAAAAAAAAAUAAAAACUUUUACU